AUGGGCUCCCGUUCGAAUCCAAAGCCAUUCAAGCAUGCUGGCAAGGGCGGCGGCGGCAAGUCCAGCCAAGUGGCCUCGUUCAGGCGGUUCGGGAAGAACCUCUUGCGCCACGGGCCGGACUCGCACGGCAACUUCCUCUGGAUCCUGCGCAAGGGGCCGCAGUCCGAGCAGUCCGUCCUCAGCGGCAAGAACAUCGCAACCUCCAGGACUGCAGAAAACUGCGAGGCAUUGCGCAAACUGUCGAACUACAUCUCUGAGGAGUGUGCCACCAUCCACGUCGGCGUCUCUUACCUCCAGGAAGACAUCGGCCUCGACUUCCUGAAGUACAUGAAGGACCAAGGCUCCGACUUCCUGGCAGCUUGUGAAUUCCUGAACAAGAAGAGCGAGGGAGAGAAGGCGGCAGACCAAGUGGAGCGCCAUGUGAAGGCUUACUUGGGCUUUCUGCAGAAGCUGCCUGACGAGCGUCGGCAGCAGUGCCGCCGCCUUGCGCUGCACGCCGCGCGGCUCUAUGUUUUGUCGACCAGCUUCCUGGAGCAGGCUGCAUUGGUACAGUUUCCGUCAAAGUGGCAUAAGAACGUGAUCACGAAGAACCAGCACGAGAAGGCGAAAGCCUUCGUGCGCAGCGGUGACGAGAAGCACCUGAAAGCUUGGAUAGGCGCCGUUGCUGCAGACAACCUCAAGCAGCAGCGGGACGCCAAGAAGGCUGCGAACGCUGACGGCACCAGCGACGAAGCUGGUGCUACUGGGUCUGCUACCACCUCCUCUUCCGAAGAGAAUGGGCGAGCCAAGGGAUCACCCAACCGCAGCGUGUCGAGUUCGAGCAAUGGAUCCUCCGCUGGCGCCAAGGCGAAGAAGCGCAAGGACAAGAAAGGUGAGCCCAAGCAGAAGGUAAAAGACAGGAAGCCCGCCGAGAAGAAAGAGAAGAAAGAGAAGAAGGCCAAGAAGGACAAGAAGGACAAGAAGCGGAAGGCAUCGCCAAGCAGCUCGCCGAGUGCGGCUGCGGCGUCGCCGAAGCGCGGCUCGAUGGCCGAUCUUGAGGACUCCGAAGAUUCGAAGGCGGAGACAGUGCCUGGCCCGACUACCGAGCAGACGCUGGCGCUGCGCACCUGGCAGCUCAGCGAGAUUCAGUCUGCUGAUGCAGAGUUGCAGGACUUCCUGGCACUGGCCUCGACCGAGGUAACCGUGGAAGCCUUUUCGAAACUCUUGCAGCUGGUGCCGGAGAACGUGCGGUUCAGCUUUGGCAUCAAGCUCAAAGUGGAGCGCACCCGUCUUCCAAAGAACCUGGACGAAGUGAUGGGUCGUCUGAAAGGCGUCUUCGAGAUGGCAAGCCAGUUCUGGCACGCGCAGACGGUGCCGCCGGCAAAUCCGGAGAGCUGA